AUGUCGCUGUCCAAGAUACCUUGGCUUUUAAUUGCCCUGCUGAGCAUCCAUGCGGGACUGAUCCGUCCUAACCCUCCACCUGCACCAGAAGAGCGAUACUUGACGAAUUAUGUCACUAGGCGCGUGCACUUCGCUAUUGGACCCUUCUUCAUCAAACUUCAGGUAUUAUCUUCAGCAAUUGUGCUGAGCGAGAUAAUUAUCAUCCUUGGUCUCGAUCUCCCUCUGUCGGAAUGGUUAUAUGCCACAUAUAACCAGACCAACCCCGAGACCAUAUCGUCCAUCCGGCUAACGUCACUGUUCGUGGCGGGCUGCGUCCUCGCUGCGUCAGGCGCUGCCUUGCGACAAUAUUGUUACCGGACACUCGGGCGAUUCUUCACAUUUGAACUAAGCUUACGUCCGGGCCAUUUCCUUGUAACGAAGGGACCCUACCGCUUUGUCCGUCACCCUAGCUACACGGGUCUCUUCAUGCUGCUACUCGGUUUCCAUCUGUGCCUGUUUACCCCGGGUUCCCUGGUCUACGAAAGCGGGAUUCUGCACAGCCGACUUGGUAGUAUAGUGAGUGCUGUCUGGCUGGUACUGACUGCGGGCAUGUGCUCUGGAGCAGUCCUUCGAAUGAGGAAGGAAGACCAAUUGCUCCGGACGCAUUUUGGUCAAGAAUGGGAUUCCUGGGCUCGCGAUGUACCUUACAGAUUAAUGCCCCUCGUAUUGUAG